CUAAAGAUUUCUUAGAAGAUGAAAAGGUUUCUUGGAAAUAUUUGGAUAAGAUUGACAACAAUGAUAACUUGAAAAACUACAUCUAUUUGGAAAAUUCCUUCAAGGCUGAAUCUUAAAUACAAUGUUCAAGUAGCAUUUUUUGUUUGAAGCGGUAAUGGUUGGCAAAGUUUGCUUGCAAAACAUCGAAACAUUUCGUCUUUUCAAGCAUACGACCGCCUCUCAGAUUUCUGAAUCUCGCAUUUAAAUGUUUCGAUUAAGUCUUUAUGAUGCUUUUGUUUUCAACUUAAAGCUCAUAAAUUUGUGUACGGUUCGCGAAUUUGAAAAGCGCAAACCAAAUCUGCGAUAGUUCGAAAUUCCUCUGAGAUUUUGUGGUAUCAUAACAACCUUGGCUUUAUAAAUACAAAGUGCUUUUCUCAUUGAUGCAAUCCCCAGUAGGCUCAAAUACAAUGGCAUUGGUUUGAUACUGACCAAUGUUCGUCUCUGGGGAAAAUUAUUGUCAUGUGAUUGUCUUUCCUGUUGAAAUUUCUCGGCUGUUUUUAUCACUGUUCAUUUACGCGUUAAAUCUUGAUUUUAAAAUGGCGGAGAUGCUAGCCGGUGUGAGUUUGUAAUGGGGCGUUGGGAAGUAUUCCAGUAAGCUGAAGUUUGUCGAAGAAGUGAAAGACAAAGAGAAAGACCUUGAAAAUGUUAACAAACAUGGCGAAGCAUUUCUCACCGAAGCAAAGGCGUUUCGAAGAGAACUAGACAAUUACUACGCAAGUGUUGCUGGGGCGCAGGUAUCCAGUUUCGUAUCUGCGGAGGAGACAUGGAUGCUAGAACAGAAGCUCCAUGAUAUAAACUACCGAUACAGAAGGCUCCUUCGCACUCUUCAGUUUAAAGGCAACCUGAUACAAGAAUCGUUGCAAAAACACCAAGACCAUUCCGGCAGAAUCGAAUCUUUUCUUCCAUGGCUUUCAGAAGCCGAGAGGAAAGUCGCCUAUGAAGCUCAGGAAACUUCAUUUUUUAGCGAGGAUGAAGUUACACAGAAACUAGAACAACUCAAGCUCUAUCGCGACAAUGUCCUUUCGAAACACACGGAGCUGGUUAGAAUUAUCAUGGCAUCGGAGGUCCUAAACGGGAUGAGCAAAGUCGACUCAGAAAUCGCAGAUUCAAGCCAAUUCGUUGAACUACCAGAAGGUGAUUGGGUACAUACAACAAAUACAUUGAUUAAACGAUACUCGAAUUUAACAAAAAAUCUCAUCACAUAUGAAAGUGAACUUCGCGUUGGCUUGUUGAAAGUUCAGUGUCUCGAUGAUGCUGUCAGUUCUGUAAUGAAAUGGGUGAAGAAAACCAGAAAAGAGCUGCAGGAGAUAUCUUCAGUGUCAACUGAUGUUGUAGUGCUAUACGAGCAAGUGACUAAAAUGAGGGCCAUCACUGUAGAGAUUGUUGCCUGCAGAGAAUACAUUCAGCAACUGCACGCGAAAGUUGAGCAGGCUCCCGCGGAUGAAGCGCAGACUUACUCGCACACUGUUGAAGAUAUCAUUCUUGAGUUCGAUCAGUUAUUACACCACUCAGACGUGCAGAUAAAGCACAUGGUUGUUGUUUAUGAAGAGAUCGUUGUCGAGUUUGAAGAAUGGGCGGAAGAAAUCGUAGAGAAAUUGCAAAGCAGAGAUAUUGUUACCAUUGACCUUGAGGAGUUCCAAAAAGACUUGACGACUGUGACUGAGGAAGUUGAAACGAACAGGUCACUGUAUCAGCGGAUUAAUCACAUUGGCAGGGAACUGCUUUCUGCAAAUCCAGAAAACCUGACCCAGCAGUUUCUGCCAGUUAUUGAGAGAAUCAACACCACGUGGCAGACGAUCACGGUCGAAAUACUCAGCCACACGCGUAACUUCGACGAGUUGGUCAAAUGCGCAGAGAAAUACAACGGUGUGAAGGAGCCUUUGGAAGCGUGGCUUGAUGAGACCGAGGCCAGGAUUGAUAGACUCGACGAAAUCGCCCUUGAUGUUGAUGUUGUAAUGAAACAAAUUGACGAACAAAAGGUUUUAUCAAGCGAACUUCUGAAUCGCAAAGGCAGUGCUGAAAUUCUUAACUCAAUUUCCGAAUCUGUUGUUUCGAUAAUUCAGGAGCCUGAUGACGAUACAGAUACCGAAGAGGUGCUUAUCAUUAGAGAUGAAGUGUCGAAUAUACAACAAAGAUACGGGAUAUUGAUAUCGCGAAUGGAGGAAAGAGGGAGCAAGCUCGAAACCUUGGCUACAGAGAUAAAGAAAUUCAAUAAAAAUUAUGCAGAAGUCUCUGAGUGGCUGGAAAGAGCAGAAAAGUUUCAAUCGGAGCAGAAAGCUGUAGAAAUGGAUUUACACUCGCUUGGUCUACUCAUAAAGGAGCAAAAGGUUUUUCAAAGAGAGCUUACGCAAGGCAUUAUCGAUGUCAAUGGACUCAUUGAACUUGGUAACGAACUCAUUACUGGAAAAGAAACUGUUUUUGGUGCCUCAGACCUGAAGCUUCAUUUAGAAAGCACGAAAUCAAGAUGGGAAAGUAUUGAAAAUCAUUCGUUGUCAAGGCAGCAAUCAUUGGAAGAUACACUCGAGCAGACGUUUAAGGAAGAAGUUAAUAAGAUAGUUGUAUGGAUACAACAGAGGGACAAGCAGCUGGAUGAUGCUGAAUUUGUCAUGACUGUCAAGGAUGUCAAUGCAUAUAUACACACAUUUUCUGUUGAAAUUGAAACCCAAGAAGAAAGAUUCUUUAUUGUGCACAAAACCGGAUCGGAAAUGCUCCAAGAGAGAGAAGACGAGGCCCAGGCUGUUGUACAGAUCCUGGCUCAAUUGGAAAAGAAGUGGAAUUCACUUCGAAUGAAACUGCAAAGUCAUGGUUGGAUUAAUCAAAGAUUGAAAAUGCGAUCUGCAGUUGAUGUGGAAAGAGGGAAUGUUGACAAGAGGAGCCUCGAUGUCAGGCAAAUAAUUUCAAGUCCUGGUGAGCCUCUCUCUCCAUCCAAGGUCGAAAUCAGCGUUGAGUCUACAGAUGGCCGUUUUGGUAGUCCCUCAUUUACUGACGACCCACAACACAAUCUAUUCACAUUCACUCGUUCGCAUUCAGCCUCGAUUCCAAGAUCACCAUCAGUACGUCGUAGGGGAGCCGUAGCAUAUCGCAGAUCUCUUUCCGCUGAAAAACGAAAAACUGCUAGAACACCGGAUGGACAGAGUCCAAGUCCCAUUCGUAAAUUUCCAGGUCGCAUUGGUGAAAGUCCGGUCCCGUCUAGCAGCAGUCCGGACGUAUCUUCUCCUUUGAGAAGACAGCGACCUUUGACAUUGAGAAUCCCAGAACGAGUCUCUGCAGAAGACUUUUCAACAAAAACAAAGCGUCUUAGGCGCACACAAAGCGAAAAGAGGGUUAUAAAAAGACAGGUUGUUGACGAAUUCGGGCGAAAAACAACAAGAGAUAUCUUAGAGCCGGUAUCUCCUUCCACUCACGACUCGGGCCAAGUUAUCAUACACUCACCCACUCAGUUAGGAACAGUAAGCUCGGAAGAGGUGAUCUGCAAUGAUCAAGGCAAAGUUAUUCGACGUAUAAUUGAGAGGGUAACUGAAGUGACAAGAAGAACAAGGAUUAUUAGGAGAAUCGUUAUCGACGAAUUCGGAAACGAAAGGGUUACAGAAGAAGAAGUGCCGAUUGAUGAGAUAGAGAACCCAUUGGAAGAGGAUGAUGAUGAUCAGAUGCUUGUUGUUGGGGCUGCCGACGAGAGCACAGAUUCGCCAAAAGUACCCUUGCUGACAACGGUGCAUAGGCCAGUAAGAUCUGCCCACUUUGAGUAUAAACUUGAUGAAGCAGAAGUAAAAGAAGAGCAAAAACAAGCAGAAGUACCGGCGCUAAAGCCUGAGCCAGUCGUUGAAGUGGAAGAGCAACCCGAGAUGGAAUUUGUACCCAUUGUGCGCUCUAAAGUACUUUCAAAACGAACAGCUAUCCGCCAUGAGGGAGAUCCAGGCACAAAAAGACAGGUCAUUCGACGAAAGGAGCUGAGCAGCCAAAUAAUGCUUGAGACAGAGAGCAAUGUUCUAACUGAGGCUGAGAAGAAAGAGCCAUUGCUGACAACGGUGCAUAGGCCAGUAAGAUCUGCCCACUUUGAGUAUAAACUUGAUGAAGCAGAAGUAAAAGAAGAGCAAAAGCAAGCAGAAGUACCUGCGCCAAAGCCUGAGCCAGUCGUUGAAGUGGAAGAGCAACCCGAGAUGGAAUUUGUACCCAUUGUGCGCUCUAAAGUACUUUCAAAACGAACAGCUAUCCGCCAUGAGGGAGAUCCAGGCACAAAAAGACAGGUCAUUCGACGAAAGGAGCUGAGCAGCCAAAUAAUGCUUGAGACAGAGAGCAAUGUUCUAUCUGAGGCUGAGAAGAAAGAGCCGUUGCUCCGUGAAACACUUCUGAUGCAAGAAGAAACCAUUCCUACUCCAGAGGUUACAGUUGAAACAGAGAAUGAACCAGAUCAUUUCUAUGCCGCACUUGAACAGGCAGAAGCCACUGAGAAGAUUAUCACUUCAAGGCAAGUUGUAAGAACACAGUUUGGGAAAGUGCAUGAGAAAACAGUGAAUUACGAGGAACCAUCUUUAAAAGAUUCAGUCAAAGUUGAAGAAGAAGUUUUUGUUGAGCCGUCUGAGGAAAUGGUUGUUGAAGUGGAACCGCAAGGAAUGAUGGAAGUCGAUUUUAUACCAAGAAAACGGGAGAAGAUUCCAGUCAAACGCACUGCAAUGCGGCAUAGUGAUGAAGCUGCAUCACAGCGAAAGGUUAUAAGAAUCCGUGAAACAGAGACUGAGGAGCUGCCUGUAACCGAGGUUUCCACUACUGAAGAGUUGAUUGUAGCACCUGUAGUUGUUGCUGAUGUCGAGUCUCUCCCGCAAGUGGAUUUUGAUGCUUUGAUUGACGCCAAACAAGAUGACAGGAGAAAGGAAGGAAAUAUUGCGAGAACAGUGCAUCGGCUGGAAGAGAUUCCUGUGACAAAAAGACAGGUUGUAAGGUCGUCAGUUAGAGAGACCUACACCACAACAGCACGUGUUGAUAAUUCAGAAGGGAAUGAAAGCACUGCAAUGGACACCGUGCCUGGAAUGACUCAGCAGACCCCAGAAGCUAUAGAGGUUGGUUCAAAGGUAGAUGUAAACAUUUCUCAACCUGUGAUUAAGAAAGAGGAAGCCACACGCACAGCAGUUCGUAUGGGUGAAGACUUUGUUACCAAGAGACAGGUUUUCAGGUCUUAUGAGACUGAGACUCACAAAAUUAUGGAGUUUGACAGGCCUAAGUCAGAGGACAAGAAUCGUGAAGAAGUGCAAGAAGAAGCACUAACAGAGCCUGUUGCAUCCGUGGAUGUUGAGGUACAGCCGGAGCUUUAUUUUGAAGGUGAAACCAUACUUGAUAUUAAGGAGCAUGGGUUGACAAGGACAGUUGUGAGGCAUGGCGAAGAUGAGGUCAGUAGACGACAAGUGUUACGCAGCCAUGUUACUGAAACACAUGCGAUUCGUGUUGGAUAUGAAGAUUAUAGUGAAGAUACUGUAGAAGAAGUCAUUGCUGAGCCGGAAGAAGCUGUUGUUGAUCAUGCAGAGGUUCUCAUUAAUGGGCUGGAAAAUGAAAUGGAAGAUCAGGACUUGUAUGACCCUGAAUUGAUUGUGGAAAAAGAGAGCAUGACUGGGAAAUUCGACUUCUUACGGACAGCGCUAAGGCAAGAAGAGUUUGAAGUAACAAGAAGACAGGUAUACAGAAGCACUGUGAAGGAGGUGGUCGAUCUUGAUGAGGAAAAACGACUGAAUUUGAUAAAUGAUGAGGUUUCUAAAGCCACAGAAAAAGAAGACUCUGGCCAAGGUACAUCAAGUGUUUCUAGUGCUUCGCUUGAGGAAGAUGUUCAAGUGGCACAGGUUCUUGAAGUUGAAACCGAACCACAGUUCUUAGUGGAUGAAGUAAGGGAAUACACUGUAGAAGAAGAUUUUAUAAGCAAGGAAAUAGCAGAGGAGCCUGUGGAGCAGUUUGAAGAAAAAAUCUCACGCAGAGUUUAUCGUGAAAAGAUUGAGCCGAGCAGUAUCUUUUUGACUGCUACCAAGCCAGCAGAGUUGAUGGUCCCUAAAGAUAGGCCAGUCCCUGAAGCUAUCAAGCCUGUUAUUUUGCAAGAGCCUGCCCCUACAUGUUUAAGUGAAGUUUUCGUGCACCUUACACCAUAUCGAUUGCUCAUGUAUCUUGACAAUGAAAACACAUCAAUAACUGAAAUCACUAGAAGAGUUCAUCUUCUCAGAGCGAGGAGUUCUAUCGUAUCAAAGUCAAAGUUCGUAAACUCCCAAACCAGGCAGGUUUUGCCUCCAAAAACCGUAAAGAAGUUUAUUUCAGUCCGAUUUUUCACUGUCUCUGCCUGUCCACACGAAAACGCAGACCAUAAAGAGAUUGAAAAUGUUAAAGCAUCAAAUAGUGUAAUCCUUUUGAAGAAACGAACCAGUUACUCCUCAACAUCUAUCCUUCUCAAGUUCAACAUAGAAAGCCACAUUUCAAAGCAUGGUAUGUUCUACAAGGAUCAAGAUUUUGACGAAAAUGGAAACCUGCAUGUUGUUAUAUUCCAACAAAGCAUUUUCUCAGCUUAUAGGUACAAAAUUAACAUCUCAACAAGGAAGUGGAAUAAUAACCAACAGUUUAUUACAAGUGAAACAAAGGCAAAAGUUGUUACAAAGAGGAGUGUUUAUCGCAGCAAAGAGUCGAAGGAAAUAGAGCCAGAGAGAAAGGAGGUGAUCAAGGAGCCAGAAGCUGUUUUGGUUGGGGAAAGCUAUCCAGCUCAACCUGUCACUUUACAAGAGCCAGGGACAAUGGCUGCAAGAGAAGAAACUGAGCUUACUACUUCUCGUCAAGUAUACAGAAUACGAGAGCCUGAAGAUUCAAGGGCUGUUGAAGAAAUUGUUGAAGAACCAGGAACUGAUGUGUUCUUCGAGGAGGCUUUCCUUGAAGAGCCUGAUUUCUUCAAGGGGCCAGAGCCAGUACCUCAAAGAAAGCCUGAAGUGGAUGUCGAAGAAGCAGUGAUCAGCGAGCCAGAGGUGUAUGUCCCUGAAGAGUCAAUGCCAGAAGACAUUCCAGAAAUGGAAGAGGAGACAGUUGGAGUAGAGCGUAGAGUUGUGAGACAGGCAGUGAUUGAAAGGACAUCAAGGAAGGUAUACAGAUCUGUGCAAGUUGCUGUGGACGUGCAACCAGAAAUAGAGCCCGAAAAAGAGGAGUUGGUGGAGGAUGUGAUCGAGGAGCCAGCAACUGAUGUGGUGUUUGAAGAAAGCUACCCAGUUGAACCUGGUAUGUUUGAAGAACCAGAGCCAGAGACAGUGCCUGAAAGAGAAGAAAAUGAGGUGGUUACACGUCGUCAAGUGUACAGAGUAAGGGAGCCAGAGAAGGAAGCAGUUGUAGAAGAGAUUUUUGCAGAACCAGCAACUAAUGUGGUCUUCGAAGAGACUUCCCCCGAAGAACCUGAUUUCUUCAGGGAGCCAGAGCCAGUGCCUGAAAGUGAGGAUGAGGAAGAAGAAAAAGAGGAGGUGCAAAUUCGCCGACAGGUUUACAGGAUGAAAGAGGCUAAAAUACCAGAAGACGAGAAGGAAGACGAGACAACUGCCAAGCUGUCAGUGCGCCGAACUGUGACAUUCAAAAAGAGGAUUGUAAAGAAGAUAAUUUACUUGGCGGAUGGAAGCCCAUCAGAAGUUGAAGUGGAAGAGCCGGUUGAGCCAUUGGAUGUUGAAGAGCCAGAUGAAGUGGUAGUUGCUGCUGAGCCAGUAAAGAGCAUAAGUGAGCGCACAGUUGUGAGAAAGGAGAAGGAGACAGUAACAAGAAGAACGGUUUACAGAAGGCUUACAGAAGAAGAGAGGCAGGACAAGGAGGUUGAAGAACAUGAACCAGAGGCACUGGUACCACCAAAAAUGGUAGAACGCUUGUUUGUGCGUCGUAUACUUAGAAAGCAAGAUGGAACAGAGACGUUGCUUGACAAAUCUGAGAGUGUGGUACCGGUUGAGAGUGUAGCUCCUGUUACCGAAGAGGUAGAAGAGCUAAAGAAAGAGGACAAAGAAACUGCAGAGGGCUUCGUUGUAAGGAAAGUGAUAAGAAGGCCCUUGUUUUUAACAAGCAAGAGGACUGUUGUCAGAAAGGUAGAAAUCACUGAUGAUGGAGAAGAACGCGAAGUUGCAGCUGAUGUUGUGGAAGAUGUAGCGCCAGUAGCGAGCUCUGAACCAAUGGUGACUCACAGAACUGUGCGAAGAGUAGUGAGCAGCAAAGCAGAUGAUAUUGAUUCAAGGAUACCACUGGAGAUUGUGAGAACAGACAGGCCAGAAGCAGAAGUGAGUGAGGAGGAGAUGGCAGGUGAAGUAAGGCGUACAGUGAGAAGAAGGUCAAUAACCAGCACCCAAAGAAGAGUUGUUCGCCGAAUUGUUGAAAGCUCUGAUGGUAAGGAGGAGACAGUUGAAGACGAAGUUAUGCUACCCGUCGAAGCUAUUGGUUACAGAGUGGUUAGACGAAGAAUUGUUCGAGCAGACAAGACUGAGGAAGUCGUGACACGUGCAGAUUAUGUGUUGCCAGACACAGAGGAGGCUGUAGAAAGCGUUGAGCAGUUGAAGGAUGAAGAAUUUGGCGUGGAAAGAAAAGUGAUUCGCAGGCCAGUACCAGUUGUGACAGUGAGAAAGGUUUACAGGACAAUAAUACUGACUGAAGCAGGAGACGAAUUGGACAGAGACGAAAAGAUAGAAGAGCAAGAUGUUCCUGCGAUGCCAUUGCAUACAAGUGAAUUACUAGACGAGGAGAAGCCUAUAGAAGAACUGAGGACUGUGAAAAGAAUUGAGCCAGACAUCGUAACACGCAGACAAGUGAUCAGACGUGUCACAUCAAAGAAGGAAGUUGAACCAGUUGUAACAGAAGAAGUUGAGCCUGAACCAGAGAUCCCAGAGCCUGAGCUCGAAGUUGAAGUGGAGGCAUUGCCUAAGCCUGAACAAGAGGAAAUAGAAGAAGAUUUUAGGCUGAGAAGGGUUGUUAGAAGGCCAGUGCACAUGACAAGUCGUAGAACAGUGAUUCGAAAAUUCGAAGCAGCAACUGAUGAGCAUGAUGUUGAGGAAGAAGAGGAGGAUGGCUUAGAAGCUGUUUACCCGAAAAGGGUUGUUGUGAGGAGAACUGUUUUGCAGCCUGAAGUGGAUGUCGAAGAAGCAGUGAUCAGCGAGCCAGAGGUGUAUGUCCCUGAAGAGUCAAUGCCAGAAGACAUUCCAGAAAUGGAAGAGGAGACAGUUGGAGUAGAGCGUAGAGUUGUGAGACAGGCAGUGAUUGAAAGGACAUCAAGGAAGGUAUACAGAUCUGUGCAAGUUGCUGUGGACGUGCAACCAGAAAUAGAGCCCCAAAAAGAGGAGUUGGUGGAGGAUGUGAUCGAGGAGCCAGCAACUGAUGUGGUGUUUGAAGAAAGCUACCCAGUUGAACCUGGUAUGUUUGAAGAACCAGAGCCAGAGACAGUGCCUGAAAGAGAAGAAAAUGAGGUGGUUACACGUCGUCAAGUGUACAGAGUAAGGGAGCCAGAGAAGGAAGCAGUUGUAGAAGAGAUUUUUGCAGAACCACCAACUAAUGUGGUCUUCGAAGAGACUUCCCCCGAAGAACCUGAUUUCUUCAGGGAGCCAGAGCCAGUGCCUGAAAGUGAGGAUGAGGAAGAAGAAAAAGAGGAGGUGCAAAUUCGCCGACAGGUUUACAGGAUGAAAGAGGCUAAAAUACCAGAAGACGAGAAGGAAGACGAGACAACUGCCAAGCUGUCAGUGCGCCGAACUGUGACAUUCAAAAAGAGGAUUGUAAAGAAGAUAAUUUACUUGGCGGAUGGAAGCCCAUCAGAAGUUGAAGUGGAAGAGCCGGUUGAGCCAUUGGAUGUUGAAGAGCCAGAUGAAGUGGUAGUUGCUGCUGAGCCAGUAAAGAGCAUAAGUGAGCGCACAGUUGUGAGGAAGGAGAAGGAGACAGUAACAAGAAGAACGGUUUACAGAAGGCUUACAGAAGAAGAGAGGCAGGACAAGGAGGUUGAAGAACAUGAACCAGAGGCACUGGUACCACCAAAAAUGGUAGAACGCUUGUUUGUGCGUCGUAUACUUAGAAAGCAAGAUGGAACAGAGACGUUGCUUGACAAAUCUGAGAGUGUGGUACCGGUUGAGAGUGUAGCUCCUGUUACCGAAGAGGUAGAAGAGCUAAAGGAAGAGGACAAAGAAACUGCAGAGGGCUUCGUUGUAAGGAAAGUGAUAAGAAGGCCCUUGUUUUUAACAAGCAAGAGGACUGUUGUCAGAAAGGUAGAAAUCACUGAUGAUGGAGAAGAACGCGAAGUUGCAGCUGAUGUUGUGGAAGAUGUAGCGCCAGUAGCGAGCUCUGAACCAAUGGUGACUCACAGAACUGUGCGAAGAGUAGUGAGCAGCAAAGCAGAUGAUAUUGAUUCAAGGAUACCACUGGAGAUUGUGAGAACAGACAGGCCAGAAGCAGAAGUGAGUGACGAGGAGAUGGCAGGUGAAGUAAGGCGUACAGUGAGAAGAAGGUCAAUAACCAGCACCCAAAGAAGAGUUGUUCGCCGAAUUGUUGAAAGCUCUGAUGGUAAGGAGGAGACAGUUGAAGACGAAGUUAUGCUACCCGUCGAAGCUAUUGGUUACAGAGUGGUUAGACGAAGAAUUGUUCGAGCAGACAAGACUGCGGAAGUCGUGGCACGUGCAGAUUAUGUGUUGCCAGACACAGAGGAGGCUGUAGAAAGCGUUGAGCAGUUGAAGGAUGAAGAAUUUGGCGUGGAAAGAAAAGUGAUUCGCAGGCCAGUACCAGUUGUGACAGUGAGAAAGGUUUACAGGACAAUAAUACUGACUGAAGCAGGAGACGAAUUGGACAGAGACGAAAAGAUAGAAGAGCAAGAUGUUCCUGCGAUGCCAUUGCAUACAAGUGAAUUACUAGACGGAGAGAAGCCUAUAGAAGAACUGAGGACUGUGAAAAGAAUUGAGCCAGACAUCGUAACACGCAGACAAGUGAUCAGACGUGUCACAUCAAAGAAGGAAGUUGAACCAGUUGUAACAGAAGAAGUUGAGCCUGAACCAGAGAUCCCAGAGCCUGAGCUCGAAGUUGAAGUGGAGGCAUUGCCUGAGCCUGAACAAGAGGAAAUAGAAGAAGAUUUUAGGCUGAGAAGGGUUGUUAGAAGGCCAGUGCACAUGACAAGUCGUAGAACAGUGAUUCGAAAAUUCGAAGCAGCAACUGAUGAGCAUGAUGUUGAGGAAGAAGAGGAGGAUGGCUUAGAAGCUGUUUACCCGAAAAGAGUUGUUGUGAGGAGAACUGUUUUGCAGCCUGAAGUGGAUGUCGAAGAAGCAGUGAUCAGCGAGCCAGAGGUGUAUGUCCCUGAAGAGUCAAUGCCAGAAGACAUUCCAGAAAUGGAAGAGGAGACAGUUGGAGUAGAGCGUAGAGUUGUGAGACAGGCAGUGAUUGAAAGGACAUCAAGGAAGGUAUACAGAUCUGUGCAAGUUGCUGUGGACGUGCAACCAGAAAUAGAGCCCGAAAAAGAGGAGUUGGUGGAGGAUGUGAUCGAGGAACCACCAACUGAUGUGGUGUUUGAAGAAAGCUACCCAGUUGAACCUGGUAUGUUUGAAGAACCAGAGCCAGAGACAGUGCCUGAAAGAGAAGAAAAUGAGGUGGUUACACGUCGUCAAGUGUACAGAGUAAGGGAGCCAGAGAAGGAAGCAGUUGUAGAAGAGAUUUUUGCAGAACCAGCAACUAAUGUGGUCUUCGAAGAGACUUCCCCCGAAGAACCUGAUUUCUUCAGGGAGCCAGAGCCAGUGCCUGAAAGUGAGGAUGAGGAAGAAGAAAAAGAGGAGGUGCAAAUUCGCCGACAGGUUUACAGGAUGGCAUUUGAUGAUUCACCAGGUGUUAGGGCAGUUCAGUCCCUUACUGUGGUUCGUCCUUGUACUGAUUCUGAAUAUAGUGUAAGUUCAGAUUUGUCGGAUGAUCGCGAAGUUACUACCCGAACUGUAUUGCGUGAAGUUGUUCGACCAGAAAAAGGGUCGGUCAAUGUUGAUGGUAAGGUUAUUGACAAAACUGUUACUCUUAUAAGACCGUCCCAAUCUCCUGUCGAAUCAGAUAGUGACGAAGACGAGAAAUCUACUAAGAGGCGCAUUUAUCGCACUGCUGUGCCAGUCAAACUUGCUGAGUUACCCGUUUCAGAGGUUGUUGUUGAGCCAGUUGCCACAGUAGAUACUGAGGCCUCUUCAGUUAUACCCGGUUUGUUUGUGGAAGAAGAGCCUGUCUGUUCUGAUGUUCUUCGUGAGGUCCGUAGAAAGUCUGUGCCUGAAUUAACCCGUCGUUCUGUAAUUCGUAACAUCGAAAAGGAAGAAGAGCCGGAGUCAACAGUAGCUGUUAAUGACUACACUGACAUAUCGUCAGAGGACGUAAAAAUCGCUGAAAAAAGACUAGAAAAGAUCGCCAAAAGGAUGAUGAAGACUUUUGUUUAUCGUAAAGUAUUUGUUACUUACAAGACUGUAAUGGUUAGAAAGCUUGUUGAUGAGUAUGGGGAAAUUGUUGAAAGUUUUGAUGAAGGGAAGGAUGAUCUUGAGAAAGAUGGCUUCAAAAGAUUUGAUGACGAUGAUGGUGCAAGCCCGAGCCCAAGUAUCUCAAGGUUACAUACUACUCAACAUCACACAUUUAAAUCUUCGGACACAAGUGCUGGAGGCGCUUCUUUGGGACAGGAAAAGAAGACUUUUUCGAGCAUUGGAACACAGUGUGAUUUUGACAGCCCUCAUGUUGGUCAUAAGGAAGCUUCCAUAGGCACGUUUGAGGACGAUAUUUCAUUGCAAUUCAGCUUGAGCGAACCAGUAGUGAUUCACAAGGGCGAAGCCUCGCCAAAUGUUAAGUCCGACCUGCAGCCUGCCAUGAAAAUUGUCAUGGAACAACCCGAAGGAAAAGAAGCUCGACGAUUGCCGGUAAUUGAAGGCUUGGAGAGCGCACCAAAAGUUCCUAAGGACAACCGAACUUGGCUGAUAGAAAUGAAAACUGCCGACGAAAUAAAUGUAGAAGAUGAAAAUGAAAAGACAAAGGACAUUGAUAAGACAAUGCAUGGUCCGUCGGUUGUGACUGCUGUUGGGGAUGUUGCUGUUGAUGAGCCCAUCGCCCAAGUCAGCGUUAUUGAAACCGUCGAAUGCCUGCCAGGUGAGCAACAAGAUGAAAUCGGUGAAAUAAAACCAGAGAAAGUUGAUGUUAAAGAGCUUCCCGCAUCAAGACCAAGCAGAAGGAGUAAAGCAAAACUCGUGAAGCAGAAGACAUUCCCUCUGUCUGUAUCAGAGCUUCAGGUAUGUGAAAGAUCAGAUUUACCUGGUAAUGACAAGGAAACGCGCGUGAAGCUGUCGUCUGUGACGUCAAAGAAGCGGCGUGUGUCGUACGAUGAGAAGCGUAAUAUUUCAUUGGAAAGGUUGAGAUCAUCAAUUACGGACGUAGAAUUGACACUGGGGAGAAGAAAGUCGAAAGUGAGGGAGAUGCUGCUUGCUCGUUACGAUAUCAAUUACGAUGCUUAUCUUAUCUGGAUCAUGUUUUCGGAAGGAGAGCUCAACAAUGUGAGAUGUGUCUCAGCAACCUACUCAAUUCUCAUGGAGCAGAAAGCUUAUAUUGAGGGAAUGAUCGAAGAUAUCGAAGAGAAGAAAUGGACAGCGGAUGUAAUACAGCAUCUCCUCACCGAGGUAGAUGACAUGCAAGCUACAGAAGCGGAAAAGAGGUUAUUUGUAUCAGAAAUUACAAGGCUGGGAACUCAGUUUCAGCGAAUUGAGAAGACAUCAAAGGAAUGUUUGAGUUUCAUUGAAGAGAUUGAGCCGAUCGCAAAGGAAUUGAAUGACAGUGUUAUGCCAGUUGCAAAUGUUAAUAGGAAGAUCCACGAUUUGUUAGUCGAAAAGCCAGUUAUGGAUGUCGAUAUCACAGUUCUUGAAGAUGAGCUUAAAAAAAUAGAGGACUUGGAGAAAAUCCUGUCUUCAGCUGCUGUCAGCACAAGAGACACAAAGGCUGCUGUUCAAAAGCUCUCUUUCUACCGUGAUGAUGUGCUUGAUAAGAAGCAGGCAAUCGUCCAUGCCAAUAUGGUUGUCACAACUUUUGAAGAGCGUGAAAGAUCUCUUAUUGCUUAUCACAGAACUGUCAAAAAACAAUACGAGCGAGCUUACCAGUUAUAUGAAGAUAUUGCCAAGUUUGAGGAUUGGUACCCUAAGAUUGAAAGGCAACUAGAAAGUGAUUUUGCACCGAGUCGAGAUGCUGAAAGUUUGAAGAGCACGUUGCAAGGGUUCGAGCUUCUUGAGAAAGAAGUCGAUGAACAAAGAAUUCUUGUGUUGUCAAUCGAAGAAAAUGGGCGAUGGCUGUGUCAGAAUUUAUCAACAGUUGAUGCAAGUGGGCGGCGCCAUUCUACAACAAAUUUGAUAAUGGACAAACUAACACUGACAACAUCACUUAUGGAGACUUUUACGAAGGAAAUCCGACAAAGGAAAGGCCGAGUUAUUGUCCUGCUUUCAGAACACCAAGAUUUUGCCACUUCACUUAGUAUGUUUGAAAUAUGGCUGAAGAAGGCGGAAAAAACGCAGAGUGCUCAAAAGCCAGUCUCACCGGUUUUAGAAGAAAUCAACGCGCAGAUGCUGAAAAGCGAGCAAUUGUACGAAGAUGUUUUACAGCACGAGCCAGUUUAUGCAACUAUCGUGGAAAGUAGCUCUGAAUAUUUGGAGGAAGUCAGAUCACAAAAGGAACGAGAAAGCUUUUCAAUGCGAAUAGGGAUUGUUAAUGAACGAUGGGAGAAAGUAUCGAGUCUUGCGAAGCAGCGUCGAGAUAGCUUGAGUAAUGUUCAGCGAAUUGUUUUCCAUCUUAAUGAGAAUUUGCAGUGUGUUAAUGAGGUUAUAAAAACUGGUGAAAAGAUGGACAAUCCAUCAUUCGUCGUUGGUUUCGAUGUGGAAAAAGGCAGAUCGGAGCUUAAGCAAAUAAGGGCAACUCUGGACGUUUUCGAUCGAAAUGAAGUCUGCCUUGUUAUUUUGGAUGAAGCCGUGAAGGACAUGGAAAAAUACAUUGGCAAGAAAACAGUUGUCUCUGUUGUAAAGAAGGUCAAGACGAGCAGAGAGCGAUUCCAAAGUUUGAGAGAAAAUCUCAAAAUCUUAGAGGUUUCUGUGAGUAGAGAUUUGAGUGAGGCCGAGAAAUUUGAACAGCUUACGAGAACAUACGAAGAACGGAUAAAGAAGUUGGAAGAAACUGUGACUAUUGUGAAGGAAUCAACAGUGAAAGAUGUGACAGUGGCAAGAAGGAAUCUAGAUCUUAUUCAAGAAUGUUCAAUUGUGCUAGUUGAAGUCUAUGAAACCAUUGAAAUCAUCCAAACAGUUGUCAUAAGAAUACGGUGUAAUGCUGGUAAAGUACCUAAGGUGCUGAAACAAUGUCUGAAGCAAGAAAAGCAAAUAAAGUCGUACAGAACCACUAUUGGAAAGAUAGAAAAGGAUUUUAAAUUGGCACAAGAUAACUGCCAAAAGUUUAUUCUUAAGAGAAAGAAUCUUGACGAUAGUCAGAGAGAAAUUGAAAGGAGGCUCCCUGAAAUUGAGGCUGCUGUUGUACGACAAACUCUUGUAUCUGCGAACUAUCUGAUUCUCAAACAACAGCAUACCAAUCACCAGACUGUUUAUGAGGAAAUGAAGAGCUGCGAAGUUCUUAUCGACCACUUCCUAACUACGGGUGAUGCGCAGCUGCAAGAGCUACCUCAAAGUCCAGCAAGAGACAUUUUGGCUAGUUCUCUGGCAGAUAUCGAAAGAAGAUGGAGAUCUGUGAGUAGCAAAGUGAGGACGAGGCAAGCAUGCAUCGAGAAGUUGUUACCUUUUUCGAGGGAAUACAGCGAAUGUGUAGAGUUAGUUUUACCGUGGAUGACAAGAGCAAACAGCGAAAUUAAAGUUGUUUCACCCAUAGCGUCAGAUCAAGAGAAUCUCACCCAACAGAAGCGUGUUAUCGAGGAUCUUUGGAAAGAAUUAGAAGAAGCCACAAACACGUACAACAGACUGGCGGAUAACUAUGAUAAACUUAUUGAAGUCUGCCUUGAGGAAGAUAAAGUCAUCAUAUCGGAUGUUCAGUCGAUCAAAAGUGAAAUGGAAUUUAUAAAUAGUUCGUGGGAGAAACUUACAGAGAGGCUCUCAGAGCUAAGACAGCUGAUGGGACAAAUCCAGUCUCAGUUGGUUGCUUUUGAAGAUUCAGAGAGCUGUUUGAUAGAUUUGUUUGAGAUGAUUGAAACCAGGUUAUCACAGAUGCAGUUUGUUAGUACUUCGCCACAGAAAUGCAAAGAGAUUGAAAAUACUGUAAAGGAACUUAUUUCGAAAGCCAAUAGCUAUGAAGUUGAACUAGAGAAAUACAACACGACUGGACGCUUGUUGGAAUCAUUGUUGUCAGAAUGCCAUAGCAACAGUAAGGGAAUCAUGCGAAGGGUUUUCCAGAUCACGGGAGAAUAUCGCAAAGUUUGUUCCAGAUUGUCUGAUCACUUAGCACUUGCUAUAAACGUACACGAUCAAGCCUUGGAGUUCGUUGAAAUUGUUGACCAUUUCAAUACAUGGGUUGAUGCAACGAAGAAAGGUCUCAGUGGCAAGCAGCCAUCGACUUUAAGCAGGGAUAUAGCAAAUCUAAAAGCCAUUAUCGAACAAUAUGAGCUAUAUUUAAUGGAAGUUGUAACCAGAAAAGCCCGGCUGGAGAAUGCUGUUGUCAUUGGUGAUUGGCUCGUAGAGAAAAGUCGUGAAGACCCUGUUGUUAUUUUCGAAGUGAAGACGAAAAUCUUCCAAGCUGUGAUGUCAGUUGAAGAGCUUUCGAUGACAUUGAGCUCGUUCAAAAGCAAGGCACAAGGUUGGUUGUUGAAUGAACAAGAGUUUACCGAAAUGGCGCGUGACCUCGAGGCCAAAUUCGACCGUAUCGAAGCGCAGCUUGGUCUACUGGACCCAGUUUCUGCGCGCUAUACUGUCGCCAGGCAACAGCAAGAUCACUUUAGGCCUCUUUUUAUUGAAGUGCAGCAACUGCGUGACUUCCAGGAUGCUAUCUCAACUUCCCCUGGUUUUGAAAAGGAGGCAGUUGAAGAAAGCCCUGCCAAUGCUAAGAUAGUGGCUCUGACUGAAAGAUGGAAAACGGCUUGGCAUGUAGUGGCAAAUUACCAUUUACAGAUAACCAGCGUCCUUCCAUUUGAAGAGAGGCAUCAUUACGCAAUGCGGAAGUUAAUGCCUGUAAUUGACGAAUGUGAGAAAAAGCUUGAGAAUUUGCAAGGAGAAGUUAGGCCCACUUUCAAGCAAAAUAUGCACAGUGACAUAAAGAAAAUUCUAGAAGAGUUGUCUGAUAAAGAGCAUUUGCUAGCAGCAGUCGAAACAAGCUGCAGUGAUCUGGUAAAAGUUUGCCAAACGCAUGGCAUCACUGUUGAUGUAUUGUAUAUUGAAGACGAAUAUCAAGAUGCGGACAGAAGAUGGCAUGCAAUCUCCAUGGAAACACAAGAGCUUCUUAAAGAUGCAAGACGAGCUGAACGGCAGCAACGUGAAGAAGAAAUCUCACCUGUUGAAGAAGCUGUGACCGAGGCACAAAUGGUUGAAACUGAGGCUGAGCCAGUGAACUGGGAGAUGCUUUUAACUGACCCUACAUAUGCAGAGAAGGUGGAGAGAGGCCAGGAAGACGCUGACGUAAAGAAAAGGGCUGCUUCGAUCAGAUGGAAGUCUGUUAAAGAAAAGUUGGUGAAAAGGAAGGUGAACAUGCAAGUUAAGUUGAGGAAAACGGUUGAAUUUGUUGCUUCAGUAAACGAAAUUGAGGGUUUUGUGGCAAUAUUCGCUGGACAUGUGACUAGCUUGCCUUCGCCUGGUACGACAGCCGAUGAGAUACAGAUGCAAAUGGAAGAAGCAGAGGCCCUUGAGAACAGCAUCAACAAGCAAAUUGCAAAGCUCGAUUCAACUGAGGAAUCAGCUGAUUGGCUAACCAAGAACAAUGAAGAUCAACCAAAGUUCAUAGCGACGGUCCAUGCAAAGCUAUCCAGUGUGCGCAAUCCGCUUGAAAGCCUUGCUCUAAUGUUGAAAGAGAGAAAGUCUCGUUUGCAAGAGGCACUCCUCGGUGUGCAAGAGUUUGAUGUUAUGGCAGAAAACUUGAGCCAUAAAAUUGACCUACACUUGGAGAAGAUGGACACUUUUGAGGAACUGAGUGUUGAUUGGACUGAACUGAAGAAGCAGUUAGCAGAACUAAAGAACUUUGAAACAAGCCUAGCCAGCGUGCAGCAAAUGUAUGAAAGUUUUAAGAUCACUAGUGAAAGGAUGCUGAAAGAGGCGGAAACAGACCUGGAUGCUGUUCCAUUGAAUAGGCAGACUUGUGCAGUGGAAAAUUCAUGGAAGGUACUCAACAAUAAAUGGAACGAAAGGAAACAACAAGCAGCAGUGGUUAAAGAGCCAUCUCACGAUUUCUACAAUAUGGAACGGAAUUUCUCUGAUUGGCUCGAUGAAGCGGAGUCACGCUUGCAGAGUUUUGAGAAAAUUCCUUCGAAUUUGCAGGAAGCAGAUGAAAGCGCAAAACUUGUGGAGGAUUUUACGAACCUUAUCGCAACAAAGGAAAAGGACUACGAUUCUCUAAACUUAGUUUUCUCCAGUGUAAAAGAGGCUUCUUCUUCGCAAAAUGUAAUUGCUGGUUAUGACCAUGUUGAAAGCCGGUUCCAAGAUGCUUGUCGCAGAUGGGAAAAAUUGAAGAUCAUGUGUCGUGAGAGAAAGGAUUUAAUAAAGGGAUUACACGAUGGAUUUUUUUCUUAUGAGAAGAAGCAUGAGCAAAUUUAUGUAUCUCUGAAACAGUUCGAAGAUGCUCUCGGAAGCAAAGUGACCAUUGGAACAGAUGUAAGCAAAAUGGUACAGGAGCAAGACCGUAUUAAGGGGCUUAUCACGAGGCUGGAUAGUUUAGACAAGGAUAUGAAAAAUUUAGAUAGCAAAGGGUCAAAGCUGGCACAAGAGAUAAAAGACAUGGAUGGUGACGAUACUCCAUUGAAACGAAGCCUCGAUGAUGUUAGCAGACGAUACAGUACUUUGAAAGAUUUGCUAGCGAAAAAUGCAGCAGAUCUUCAACAACGAAAAGAUGUUCUUGUAAAUAUCGUUGGAGUUGUAAACAACGCUAAUAAAUGGGUGUUCAGUGCAAGUGAAAGUCUCGGUGAAAUGGUUGUCAGUAAGCCAGAUUUAGCAGAAUCGAAGAAGCAGAUUGUUGUGCUAGAGCAAAUCCUUGAAGAUCUUCAAACACAGCAAUCCGAGAUGUCCAAAGCUUCACAAGAUGGCAAAUGGCUCGUCGAAAAUUCCCAUGAUGACAGAACUAUGAGUUCAAGUGUGCGAAAUUUGUUGUCUUCAGGAUCCACACCACUCGAUUCACUAGAGAAGAAACUUGGAAGCAGAAAAAACAGACUUCAAGCCGCCAUUAUCUUCAGACUAGAAUCUGAAUCUGCCAUCCAACUAAUUAACGAGAGGCUAUUGAACCUUGAGGAGAAGGCUGCUAAUAUCAAAGUAUCUGCAAUCUUUGCUACCGUAACGCAACAAGGUGCCAAAAACGAGGCUCUAAUCUCUCAGGCUGGUGAGUUACAUUCCUGUUUACGUGACGUCAUGGCAUCGUUAAUAGCAGCUGAGAUUUCGGACGAAGACUCCUCUGUAAAAUCCACUGUAAGGGAGCAGGCGGAUAGGCUGUUAACUCGUCUUCAGGACAUCGAGAGUAUGCUUUGGAAAAAACGAGAUCUGGUGCAUAAGGUUAGGCCACUUGCGGAGCAGUUCAAGAGUGGAUGUUCACACUUUGAUCAGUGGUUCCAGAAUAUCAGUGGGAAGGUUGCAGAACUAGAGAAGGAUAUCGUGCUUGAACCAGCUCUUGUUGGAGAGCGACAGAAGCAGUUGGAGGCUUGCGCUGAGGAAAUAAUCGGAUACAAGGAACGUAUUGACGAUCAAGGAGCGUGCACUGAAAAAUUGAUAUCAGCUGCGGAAACUGACCAAGGUCCUGUAGAAAAGGAAAUGUCUGCGAUGCAAGCUAAAUACGACGAGCUGCAAGCCCGUAGCAAUGAAUUUCUGCGGAAGAUCACCAUUCUGAAAAGGGAAGUGGAUGAAUUCAUUUUUGAUAUGAAGUCAGUGCAGGAUGUAGUAGACGAAACUGGAGAGUCGCUUGCAGUGUUUCCAAAACCAGGACAUGACCUAGAGGCAAUGGAGAAGGAUUUGGAAACCCUAAAGAACUGUGAAGAUAGGCUUGACAAAUGCCAAGCAACUUUGACCAAUGCUGAAGAAAUCAUGAUAGAUCUUGCCAAAGAGCCAUGCUACCAAACUGAACCACUCGAAAACGAUCUAUCCCGUCUGAAGCCUAUUGUAGAAGACAUGCAAGAUAAUUUGCAGUCAAAGUUGAAGGUUAUAAGAAGCAAUAUUGAGGCGCUUGGUGACUUUUACGUCACAAUUGAGAGGAUCCAGGGCUGGCUAGGUUCCGUGAGAGAAGAGGCCUACAAACCAGUGUGUUCAAGCAAAAAGACAUUGAGGGUGCAGCUUACUAGAACCGAGACUAUCAAAAACAAACUGCUGAAGAACAUCUCGGAAGUUGGGCGUGCCGAAGAACUGUCUAAAGAUAUCAUAGCAAAUCUUGACUCAGACAUCGCUGCGAAUGAGAUAAAAUCGCGUCUUUCUUUAGUUCUGCAAAGUGUUAGCCAACUUGAUCAGUGUAUUGAGGAAAAGACUAAAAAACUCAAACGUAUUCUAGAAAUGAUUGAUAACUUUUCCGAGCUGCGAGAUUCUCUCAAUGAAGCGUUAACAGAAUUAGGCUCAAGGUUUUCAAUGAUUGCCCCAAUGCCAUCUGUUGGUGACAAUUUGAAGGAGCAGCAACAACAACUUGAGGAACUCUUUUUCGAUGUCUGUGAGCAAGGGACUGUUUUAGCAUCCAUGAGGGACACCGUCAGUAAGAUUGAAGAAGAGGCAAAUCGUUGCGAGGAGACCGUGGAAGUGCGUGGAAAAUUAGAUGCUGAGAAUCAAAUGUACGAGGAUCUCAAAUCUCGUGUGGAGGCCCAAAGAAAUUUGGUUGGAACAGUUCUUGCAGACACCGAUAAGUACAAUGCAGAUAAGGGCAAAUUUCAGAACUGGUUGGCUUCGAAACGUCUUGAAGUAGUUGAGUUCAAGCCAAUAAUAUUAGAGAAGAGUUGGCUGGCUGAACAGUUAGAACAAGUGAAGGCUAUUGCAGUCGACCUUGAUGGGCAUCGAGACGCCCUUGAGAACUUGAAGCGACAAGAAUCUCAGCUGAUGGCCGAGUCGCCAUCUGGCCACCAAUUUGUUGUGAAGAAGGUGCAUGAGGAAUGCGAGGAAAGCUACCAUGUCUUGCAACAAAGCGUACAAGAGCGUUUUGAGACUUUGCAGGGAGUAAGUCAAAGCUUGCAGGAUUAUGGAGCAGAGGAAGAUGUUAUCGUUAAUGUUUUUGAGGAGACCAAAGGAGUCAUCAGUGAAAACAAUUCAUAUGGUGUCGAUAUCGAAAAAGUAAAAGCAGAUUUUGGUAGAAUCAAUGUUGUCGUCAAGCAUCAAGAAGAUCUUCAGGAAAAUGUCCAAAGAGCUGAUGAUAUCUCUCGCAAGUUGACCAUGACUGUAAACGUCGAGGAGCCGGUGAACCGCACCUUUAUCAAGAAGCAUGCCACAAUGAUCAAACUCAGUGCUAAACUUGCUGAAGAUGCGAAAAGGGUGCAAAAAGAAAGGAAAAGCACCAUGGAACAGAUGGCAGUGUACCAUGAUCGUACUGAAAGCUACCAAACCUGGUAUGAAACAUCGUCAAAGACGCCCGGCUUGACUGAGCCAGUUGGCAGUGAAACAAGCAUCAUUAAGAGGCAGCUUCACGAGGUCGAGGCCCUGCAAGAUGACAUCAUUAAGCGAAGACAAGAGGUUGAUAAUAUCACCGAUGUCUGCGUUUCAUUGAAAGAACAGCGGCCUAAAGAUCAACAGCUUGUCUCAAUUGUUACAGAGAAGAUGAAAUUUGCGGAAACAUCAUACGCCAGUCUAAGUCUCACAGCGGAGCAAAAAUACAAGAUUCUUCAGAGAGCCCUUUUGACAGGCCAAGAGUUUGAAGUGACGUUCAGAGACUUUGUUUUAUGUCUGGACGAUCUUGAGAAGCGAAUCAAAGAACAGCAAUCUCUUGAUGCUAGGUUCGAUGUGCUGACUGCAAUUAUGGUCACCUAUCAGCUUAUACAACAAGAUGUGGUGCAGCAACAACCUUUGUACGACAAGGUCAUUCGCGAAGGUGAGAAGAUAUUGAAUGGAACCAGUCAUGGACCAGAAAGAGAUGCACUGCAAUCGAGGCUGGAUAAUUCCAAGAAACGAUGGGAGGAAGUAAAAGACGUUACUGAGGAACGCUGCAAAGAUAUUGAUGAACUGUAUCCAAAGAGUAAGUCAUUCGAUGAGUCGUCUGUUACCUUCAGUUGCUGGCUCAUGAAAGCUGAGACACAUCGGUACGAUCUCAUGAAUUCGCCACUUACCGCCGACAAAGAUUUUAUUCACCAAAGGCAGAGCCAAAUUGACCAUUUCAAAGAAGAUCUUAACCAGAAUUAUCAACUUUACGAAGACAUGUCUGCUAAUGGCAAGUCACUUGUGAACGAAUGCGAUUCCCGAAACGUGACGAAUGGAGUUGGUCAUGUCAACGGGCACAUGAAGGAUCUAAACGGACGAUAUGAAGACUUGAACAGUUUUGCAGACAAUGAAAAACAGAGGAUUCUAGAAGUGGGUAAGAGACUCGACGCCUGCCAGAUACAACUAACUCCGAUUGAGGACCUGAUAAGAACUGCCAAACGCACAAUGGAAGAACAGACUUUGUUUCAGGAUGACGAGGCUAAAGGAAAACAGCUGGUUGAUAGAAUAGAGGAAUUAAAAAAAGAAUUUGAGAAAGAAGAACCACAUCUUGAACAGAUUUGCGAUGAAUUCCCAAAGCUACUCAAAGAUCUCGGAAUCCAAGUCGAACCCGUGGAACAACGAUUCAGGACAGUUAAAUCAGAUUUUUACAAAACCAGAUCCGAUCUAUACGCGUUUUAUAACAUAGCUGUGGAAGAGGUGUCCGAAGCUGAUAAUUUUAGGAAAAUUGUUAUUGAACUGUUGCUAUGGAUUCCAGUUAUUAAGGAGAAGGCUCAAGUUGUGAAACCGCUUGACGGAAGUUGGGAAACACUGAACGAAAACAUGAGUGACUUGGAAGCAUUGCAUCAAGAAAUUGUUGAGCACCGACCAUCACUAGAGAACGCUCGUCAGUCUGCCAAUACGCUGAUCAGUCUAAACCGGGACAACCCUCGCGCAUGCUCAGCAAUAAACGAACGCCUCAACAGUAUAAGCGUUCCGCUUGCUGACGUAAUGACCCUUAUUGAGCAGCGACAGAAGAAGAUGGAGAAAGCAAAAGAGGCUCUUCAUGGCUACGAAGCAGAGAAAAAACCGUUGGAAGAAUUUAUCACCGCUGCCAGUGUGAGCCUAGAAGAAAUGGAGCCAUUUGGCCUUGAUGAGGUGGAAGGCAAAAAACAAGUGGAGAAACUUAAUGAUCUGGUAGAUCAGCUUGAUAAGAAGAAACAGGAUUUGAGAGCAACGAACAAAGCUGGUCAGAUUCUAAUCCGACAUCUCGACAUCCAAGAGAGCAUAGAAUUGGAGCUGGAUAAACUCAGCGAUUCUUGUUAUGUUGUGUUCGACAAAGCGAAAGAUAAACGCGACGAAACUAAGGGAAAUCUCGUGAAAGUUACACAAAUCCUUGAAAUCAUAAUCGAGAUUGAAGUUUGGAUUGAAAAAAAUUGCAGGAAGUUGGAAAUCUUGAGUUAUCCGACAACUGAUCCUACAACCAUGAAAUCACAGCUUGAAGAAAUCCAGGUCAUCCGAUACGAGCUGGCGAGGUUUGCUCCCAAACUUACUCUUCUGUAUGACAUAACCGAGCAACUUGUGAAGAUAAACGCAACCCAUCAGAAUGUUGUCGACUCUAUCAACCUUCGCGUCAAUGGCAUUAAGUCACCACUUGACGAGAGGAUUCCAAAAACGCUUGAUGAAAAAGAGGCUAUUCUACAGGCCGCGCUUUCAUCAUCACUGAAAUUUCAAGACGAGGUCGGGGAUCUUCUUCGAUGGGUGAAGAAGAUGGACGUCGCUGUGAAGAGUCAGAGUCCGUUAUCUGCUGAAGAGGGAACAUCGAAGAGACAGGCAAAUGAACAGGCUUAUAUCAUGGAGGAAAUUGCCAGAAAUAAACCAAAGAUGGACAUGCUAAUAGCAUCUGGCGCUGGUGACGUAACAGACGGAGCUUCUUCUGAAGCUUUGAAGGAGAUCUCAGACUUGCAAGAGCAGUGGAAUAAGCUCAGCGAGGUGUCUACACAGCGAUCUGAUGCUUUGGAUAAAGUUGUUCUGGUCACAAAGGAGCACGAAGAAAAGAAGGCAGCUUUUGGUCAAUGGGUUAACACAACAAAACCAAAAGUUGAUGAUCUUGAUGUGAUGUCAGUUGAAGAAGAAAAAUUGCAGGAACAGGAGAAAGCUAUCGAGGAACUUGUUGCUGAUGUACAGUGUCACCAACCAGAUUACGAAAGAUUAUUGGAGACCGGAAAUUUCCUUGUCGAGAAUUGUGCUUCGGAUACAGAGCCUGUAGUGGAGGCUCAAGCUGACGCAAAACGAGACUGGGAUGACAUAGAUGGAAAACUGAAGACUGCCUCGAACAAACUGGUGGACAUGAAGCAGGCGUUGCAGCAGCUGAAUGUUGAACUCAAGCCUGUGGAGGAGACUUGCAACAAAGUUGAGGAAGGGCUGCAGAAUUCUGCAAAGUUCGGAGUAGAUGUUGAAGCUGGAAGGAAGGAAACACAGAGGCUGCAGGAUCUCUUGAAAGAACUGAAAGAUCGAAAGCCAAGCCUGGACAAUUCGCACAAACUUGCUGUUGCAGCUGUGGCUGUCAGCAAGGAGCCUGAAAACAUCGCCGCUAUGAAAAGAAGAACUGAUGCGGUCGACCAACGGUAUGAUGAUUUAGUCGAGGUGCUUGAGAAGGAGGCUGAAAAAACCGAGGCUGCUACUAACGCUGCCAACCAGUACAAUGAACAGAUCAGCGAUAUUGGAAAACGAAUGGAAAAUUUGAAGACAAAGAUGGAUCGGCCAUUUGAUCUUGCCGCUGAUGCUGAGAAGGUGAAGCUGGGGUUGGUUGAAGUAGAGGAACUUCAGGCUGAGGCUAGCAACAUCGAAGGGCUUUGCAAUGAGGCCAGUACCCUUGGUGACGAAAUCAUUCAAUUCAACGACCUACCGGCGGUUGAAGAAGCCAUCCAUAAACAGGUUGAUGAGGCGAGGAAGCCACUCAGCGAUAUGAUGGAGAAGCUCAACGAUCGGGAAUCAAUGCUGAAGGAACAGCUCCAACGAACGGGAGCUUUCAAAGAUCAGUUGGAAGAUUUCUCAAGAAGGCUGUCAAAUUUUUAUACAAAGAUCAAAGAGCUGCAGAAGGAGCCCAUUUCCGCUAAGUCCGCAAAAGCUGCUGAUUCGAUAAAGGAGCUUGAGGCUUUUGCUAAAGAUUUGGAGCAAGAGAACCCCCUGUAUGACAACGUACUCAGUUCUGGUAAUAGCAUGCUUGAGAAAAUUGAAUCUCCUGAAGAGAAAGCUAAGCUCGAAGAUGAUAUGAAAGCACUUGCAAGCAACUGGCAAAGGGUUCAUGAAGAUUUAGAAGAAAGAAAGAAGGUACUGGAAGAAGUACAUGACAAGGCAAAGAAAAUGGAAGAUGCUAAAGAUUCUCUUGAUAAUUGGCUAUGCGAAACGGAGAAAAAGCUACGCGAUUUGAAGCCUGUUUCUUGUAUUCCAAGUGAAAUAGAAUCACAAAAAGGAGAGUUGAAUGUAAUGCGAUCAGACUUUGGUACCAAACAGCCUGUCUAUGAAGAAGUUUCUAAUACUGUUGGCGAAUUGAAAGAUUUGUCCCAGGGAGAUGUAGAUGCAGUAAUGUCUGGAUUUGAAGAUACGAACAAAAACUGGAAUGACGUCAGCGAGUUGUUGAAAGACCGCCAAAAUGCAGUUGACCACAUGGAUAAAAAGCUGCUCGAUCUUGACAGCAAAACCAAGUACAUUGGAGAUGUAACUAGCAAAGUGAAAAAGGCACUGGAAUCAAUUACGGUAGCUGACAUAAACAGCGAUGGGCUGGAGAAGGUCAAAGAUGAGAUGUCCAAGUUGAAGAAAAAGCUGGACGAUUUGGAACCAAAUGUGGCAUCAGUAGAGGCAAUUGCAGAUGAGCUGCAGACGUACCAUGUCAAUUCUGACGUAACGCCAGUUUCCAAACGUUUGGAGGGCAUCAGGGAUGAAUAUGAGAAGCUGAGGAAGAGUGUUAGUGAUAAAUUUGGAAAUGUAGAUGAUACGGUAGCUGAUUUGAAGGAUGCUGAGGCAAAGGCCGGCGCAGUUGCGCAGCAAUUGAAGGAUGCUGUCAAAAAGAUGGAUGAGAAUAGACCCAAGGAACUGAUUGUUGAGGAUCUGAUUCUUCAGGCUGAGGAAUUAAGGGAUGUCCAGUCUGGACUGGAGGAAGCGAGCCCGCAGAUAAACGAAGUUCUUCGCAAUGGAAAUCAGUUACUCAAAAAUGGGUUUGGCGAUGAGAAGCUCAGCAAUAACCUUGUUUCUAUCACUGAAAACAGAAGAAAAUGCAAUGAAGAACUCCCAGCGUUGAUUGAAGAAUCUCAGAGACUUGGUGAAGAAGUGAAUCAGCUUAACAAUGGAUUGAAAGGGUUAGGCCGUAAUCUGGAAGGAGUGGAGAAGAAGAUUGAUGCUCUGCCAGUCAUUGGAAGUGAUGGGGAAGCAAUUAAGCAACAAAUGGAGGACGUUAAGGAGCUACGGUCGAAUGUCGCACAAAUCCAGUCCUCUGCAUCUAAAAUCAACUCAUCACGAGAUGAAAUCGUCAGCAAGCAUCCGGACUGCGAUUCAUCUAAUCUUGACCAAUCUGUAAACGAUCUGAACAAUCGACUGUUAGAUGCAACUCAAAAGCUUUCUGACCACCAAGGGAAACUGGAAGAGGCACUGGUUCAAAGCGGCCAGUUUGGAGAAGCGGUAGAUUCGUUGUUCAAAUGGCUAGAAGAAACUCAGGAUAUUGUAGACGGACAAGGGCCUAUUUCAGCAGCCGAUCCAAAUGUUCUUAAGGCCCAAAUAAUGGAACAGAAGCUUCUUAGCAAGAUGUUUGAUGAUCGUGCUCCUAGUUUCAACUCGAUGCUUAAAAUGGGCAAGGAGAUUAUUGAGUCACAACCUGACGAAGAAGGAGCGUCAAAGACCAAAGAAGAUUUGGAUAAAGUAACAGAACUCUGGAACCUGCUAAAUAGCGAUGUUCAGGAUCGAAAAAGUAAAUUAGAUGGAUUGCUGCCCGUUUCGCAGGAAUUUCUUGCAAAACUUGAUUCAGCUUCAAAAAGUAUUGGCAAUGUGAAUGGCAACCUUGAUGACAAGAAAUGGCAGCCACGUGCCACUGAAGAUGACAUUGCAAAGCAGAUUCAGGAACUUAUGGAUCUUGACAAGGACAUCGGCCAUACAGAUAACCUAGUUGAAGAAGCCGUAGUAUCUUCAGAAGCAUUGCUGGCCCAGUGUACUCCAGAUGACGAAGAGAUCAUCACAAACAAAUUGGAUAAACUGAAAAAAGACAAUGGAAAUUUGAAAGAAAAGAAGGAGAAUAUGCUAACUCUUUUGAAUGAUACGCUUGACCUUAGCAAAAUGUUCUUUGGACUUGACAAGGAAGCCAAUUCGGUGUUUGUGGACGUGAACGAAAAGCUUUCGGAGAAUGAAGUCGGCGAGGCUGAGAAAAUCAUGGCCCUUCAGAAGCAGGUUGCUGGGCUUCAGCCAGUAAUUUCAAAAUUGAAAGAAAUCGACCAGAAAUUAGAGAAAGUUUUAUCUCCCUCCGAGUAUGAGAAAAUCAAAGAAACGACAUCCAAAGAUCUGGAGGAGUACGCAAGGCUGAAGCAGUUGACGGAUGAAAAGGCCAGAAGUGUUUUAAUGGGAAAAGAAAAAGUUGAUGAUUUCAAUAACGAACAUGAUACACUCUCUGCUUGGCUAAAUGACGUAAUAGACAGACACCGAAGUCUGGAGCCCGUAGCAGUAGAUGCGGAUGUUGUGAAGGAGCAAAUCAAAACUCACCAGGAAUUUCUAACUGAAAUAGCUGCACGUGAUGCUCAAUUCAAAAGCCUAUAUGCAGCAUCUAAGAAGUUAAUCGCAGCGUCGAACGAAGACGAGGAAGCUGCCAUGAAUGAGAAAAUCGAAAGCCUCAAGCAUCGUCAGACAUUUUUAGAUAAUGCAACCUCGCAGAGGCAGACAAACUUAAUCGAAGCCCUUGUAAUGGCGCAGCAAUUCUCUGAUAUUUUAAAAGAAGUAGAAAACAGGCUUAAAGUCACAGAAGGCAUUUUGCAAAAAAUUGACGACGAGAAGUCCAAAGGAAUUGCCAUUCAAAAGGAGAAAAUGAAUGAUCUACAGGACGGGAUUGACCAACUGGCCCCGCUUAUUGACACGCUAAGGAAGACUGGUGAUGAUUUGAUCCGGCUCAGUGGACCAGGUGCGGCAUCAAAUCAAGUGAAGAAACAAGUGGAAGAUUUAGAAGAUCGUUGGGACAAGCUCAGCAAAAGAGUGCAGGAAAAAGGUAUCAGCAUUCAUAAGGCAGCCGAUCGCGUUGAAGAGGUUCAUGCGGAAUCCGAUGAAAUCAUGGCUCAACUACAGGGUCUGAAAUCCUAUUACAAGUCGUUAGAACCAAUUGCAGUCUAUGAGGAACCCAUCAUGAAACAAAUCGAGGAUCAUAAGACCACGGAGGCAGAAAUAGCCAAAAUUGAAACACCAGUGGAACAAAUCCUUGCUUCAAUUGAGCAUGUUGUCAAGGAGGAUUCAACUUCCCCAGUAUCCGUAAACCUCAAAGAAAAGCAGCGAAAGAUAAACAGUCUUCUUGGAUAUCUGAAAGGAGCUGCAGAUAAUCGUAGAAACUCGUUGGAUGAGUCCCUUGAUGCUUGUAAGAAAUUCUGGCCGGGUAUCGAGAAACUGCAGAAGAUUUUGGAAGAUGUAACUGCAUGUCUCGAUUCGGAGGAAGAGCCUCGAGCUGAUCCUAAAGAUAUUGAAGACCUGCAGCGUGAACACGAGUCAUUGCGAAAGGACCUGGACAGCAACGAAGAGAACAUAAACAUGCUGUGUCAGGCCAGCCCAGUGUUGGUUAGCAACGCAAGUCAAGAUGACAAGGUUGACGUCCAUAAGCAAUUGACAGAAAUCACAGAGCAGUGGGACACUUUAGAAAGCAAUUGGAGCAAGCGUAAAACCGAGCUGGAACAGAUCUACGAGAUUGCCGUGCAGUUCAAGACUGAAGUCGAAAUAAUCAUUGAGUGGCUAGUUGUUGAGGAGGAUAAAUUUAAAAGCAUACCUUCUGUUGGAGCCAAAGUUGAAGUUGUCAAGGAGCAGCUAGCGGAAAUGAGGGAGACAUAUAGAAAUUUGACCCUGAAACAAAUGGAGAUAACAGCCAUGAGUCAAAAAGGCCAGACUCUUUCUGAGCGAGUGGACGCCGAAGAAGCGGACAAAGUUAUGCUAAAAAUUGAUGACGUCAAAGAGAGAUGGGAUAAAUUAUGUAAUUUAUGCAAUGAGAGGCAACAGAAAUUGGAAGAGGCUUUGCUUGAUUUAGGCCAGUUCUCGAUGGCAAUUGAAGAGCUAUUGACGUGGAUUCAGCAGACAAAAACUGUUCUGCAGGAGAAAGACGCGCCACCGAAGGACAAGAAGGCAAUCGAAAUUGAAAUGGCGAAGCUAAAAGUUAUUCGCAGCGAUGUAAUGGCGCAUGAGCCAAGCAUAAUGACAUGCAGGAAAGCAGUUCAAGGCUUGAUCGAUUCAACGGCUAACCAGGAAGAGAAGGGAAAUCUUGAGGGCAGACUUGGCGAGCUGAACAGUGGAUGGGAGGAGAUAGAGUUGUUGCUGGCUGAGAGGUUGAAGGUACUCGAUGAAGCUCUAGAAAAAUCCAAGCAUUUCCAAAGUCAAGUCCGCGAAAUGAUUGGUUGGUUGAGUGAGGCUAAGGCGUUUUUGAAGGGAAAGAAGCCAACAGGAGGAAAGCCCGAAACAGCCAUGAAUCAAGUAGAGAAACACAAGGAAUUCACGAAGGUUGUUGAAGAACGCCAAGUCUCCUACACAUACAUCAUCGAGACACUGGAAAUUCUAAUCCAACAAACAAGCUCAAUUUCGAAUGCACGUAUCCUUGAGAAGACAUUAAACGACGUCAAAGCAUCAUGGGAAGCUGUCGUGUCAUUGUCAGAGAACCAAACAGUGAAGUUACAAUCAUGUCUUGAAAUGACUAUCGCCUUUUCAGAUAACUCCAAGCAGCUUGAAUCAUGGUUGAUCACAAUUGAGGAGAGAUGCACCGAAUUUGACACCCCUGCAAUAUUGUUAGAGCCGUUAGCGAACCAAUUUUCAUCCCUCAAGGAACUCACAGAUGAAAUCGAUGGCCAUCGCUCUGACAUCACAAAUAUAAAGGAGCUGGUAGUGAAAAUAACGGACACUUGCAGUUCAGAUGAGGCCUAUAUGUUGAACAGUGAUGUGAGGAAAAUCGAUGAGCGAUUCAAAAUGAUCUGUAUUGAUGUAAAGCAUAGGAAAAAAUCGUUAGAGGAAAACAGGACGCUUGCGAAGCAGUUCUUUGAAGGUGCGGAUAAAAUCAUGAAGAAACUGAGAGAGCUUGAGAAAAAUGUCAAAGCUGAUUCGACUGUGGGCAAAGACAAGAGUACUGUGAAGGCCCAGAUGAAACAACAUAAGGAGUUACAAUUAAGCCUCAAUGCACUGCAACAACCAUUGAAUGCAGUGAUAAAAAGCGGAAACAUGCUUCAGAACAAAGGCAGCCAGGAAGAGGCUGUCGUUGUAGAAGAGAAGGAAAACGAGGUCAAUGAACUAUGGGACGAGUUGAGCAGAAUGCUGGUAGCCAGACAGAGGCAAUUAGAAGAAGCAUUGCUCUUCCAUGGGAUGUUCCAAGAUGCUGUGCUGGCUUUGGAAGAAUGGCUAAGUACUGUAGAACCAAUCCUGUCUACGGGCACUGCGGUUAUGGGAGAUGUUGAUACGGUGAAAUUGCUUAUUGAUCAACAUAAGCGUUUUGUCAAUGACCUAAACAGUAGAAAAUUGAACUUUGACAAAAUCAUGUCGAUUGGUGAACAAACAGUGAAAGAACAGCUUGUUCAAGAUCCUUCAUCAUUGCAAAAGAAAUUGGAUGAGUUGAAACUAAGAUGGGAAGCGGUCUCCUCGAUGUCGUCAACCAAACAGGGUCGACUCGAAAACGCCUUAGAGCUGGCCAAAGAAUUCCAGAAAGGAACAAAAGACACGUUGAAGCGAAUUGCUGAAUUUUUGGACGUACUGAAAGCACAAGGACCGAUCGUGGACGACCUUGAAGGAAUCAAGAAGCAAUUGGAGGAUUUUGAGGUUCUCCAGAAGGAAAUCGUUAUUGAAGAGAGCAAUGUAACCAAAGUUUUACGAAAAGGAGAAGUGAUUCUACGAUUUUGCCAUCCAAAUGCCUUGCAAGUCGUUCGGCAUCAAAUUGCGCUUUUGAAGCGAAGGUGGAAUGACGUAACAGCGUGGGCGAAACAGCGCGAAACUAGAUUACGAGAAGGCGAAGAAAUUCUUGUUACCGAACAAACAUUGAUUGACGAGCUUAUGGCGUGGAUUGUUACGGAAGAAGCUGCUUUAGCGGAGGUAGAGACAUUGCCUUUGCCUGAUGAUUAUGAUGCCUUGUUUGCAUUGCUAGAAGAGCAUAAGGUGCGGCAAGGAAAGGCCACUUCAAAGCAGCCGGAUUAUGACAAGGUAGUGAAGAACGCAAAGAAAGUUUCACCUGAUAAGAGAAGGUCAGUGAGGACCCCUGGGAAGGCGCAUGAUGCGUGCACCGGAAAGGAAUUCCUCAAUCCACGAAUUUCACAGUUGUCGAAAAGAUGGCAACAGCUUUGGUUGAAUCUGAUGGAGAGGAUGAAGAAGCUGCAAAAGAGGCUCGAUGAUAUACGAAUUAAAAAAGCAUCUGCUGACUUUGACUGGGCAUCUUGGAAAGCUAGGUAUCGACAAUGGCUACAGGAGACAAAAUCAAGGGUCUCAGAUUUAUGGAGAAGGAAAGACAGAAACAAGGAUAACAAACUCAGCAGAGAAGAAUUUGUUGAUGGCAUUCUUGAGACAAAUUUAAUUACUGAACGUUGGGAAAAUGAACUGGUUUUCAGCAUGUUUGAGAAGAAUGGCCAGCUUGAUUACGAAGAUUUUUUCAAUGCCUUGAAAGAAAAGAAAGCUGCAAGAACAAGAAAAAUUACAACUGCGAAGGAACAAAUUCAGCACCAGAUUGAGACAGAGAGUGACAAGUGCUGCUGCCAGAAGAAGUUCCAAGCGGAUCGUGUUGGAGUGGGGAAGGGCGAUGAUCUUUACUACGUCUUUGGAGAGACUCAGAAGAAAUACUUGGUUCGCAUAUUAAGGAGUAAUGUGAUGGUGCGAGUUGGUGGGGGAUGGUUGAGUUUAUUCGAAUUUCUCAACAAGCAUGACCCUUGCAGAGCUGAAGGCCGUAUGAACUACCAGUUACGGGACAACCUGUACCUCCCUGAAGGAGCAUCUCAAUCCAUGCAGGCAUUCAAAGUAAAACGAGAAGGGUCGUCCACAAAAAUGACACCACGUGGUGUGUCUAGAGAAGCCUCCGGGGACCUUAGAAGCAGUUUGUCGCCAAAAACGUCUCUAAACGCCCGACAGAAAUCCGACUUAGAGAGACGCCGAAGUGGAAAGCAGGUAGCAUCACAAGUCGGUGACCAGAAAUCUGAGACUGAGGCUGGUAAAUCUGCUACGAGGUCAUCUUAUGGCAACGUGAAAGGCAGCGGAUAUGGUAUUAAGUCAACAAGGGAGUCCUCUUCAGGAAGUCUGAAAGGAAGUGUUAUCAGGCGCUCGACUAGCAGGCAGUCUCUUGAUGUCAAGGAUGCUGCUGACGGACGGACAAAAAUGAAACGUGAAAAGUCGGGAGAUAUACUAGGAAAGUCGCCUGCGACAAGAAGAUCAACUUCAAGAGAAGAAUCUGCAAAAUCAAAAGAAGCCUCCACUCAAAGUACAAAACCUAGGCUUAGCACGGGGGCGAGUCGGGCAAGAACUCCCUCUGAUGACAAGACGCCUUUGUCUCCUACAGGGGAUGAACCAAAAGGAAAAACUGCGCCAGCGAAGCGUGAUACAUUGAAAGCUCCAACAAGGAAGAGCACAGAUGCACAGAAGUCGCCGACAACUACAAGAAAGAGCAUGACGCCAACAAGCAAAUCAAGUAGCAAGAAAUGAGUCUUGAGUGACAGCGUUCUUAUUUAAAAUGAAAUGCUUUAGUAAGGUUUCACUUGCGUUAUUAGUGUAGUCAGUUGUGUUUUAUAUAGAGAACCAUUAGCUGCAUACAUUUACCAAUGAAAUGUAAUUAUGGGUGGAUAAAUUGUUUUCCAAGACAAUAAGCAGAUUGUUCACUGAAGGCUGUUGAAUAAUAUGUCCCUGAUGAGUUGGAUGGUCUUUUGGAAAAGUAGAACAGCUUUUUGUCCUUUUCAGACAGAUGUGCUGUGAACAAUAUAUCAUUUUAUUUUAGAAUGCAAAUGCCUUCUUGAAACGCCUGCUAUGCGCUUGGAUCUGCUUUAGAUAAAUUGUCAAUUUUGUGAAUUUGUGAAGCAAAGGGAUGGUAGUAUUUUGUUGCCAUGCCUUUAUAGAAAACAAUGUUUAGCAGCGCUUUUUAUGCUUUGGGGUGACAGAAUUCGAAUUCAGUAGAAUAUCUUAGUUAAUCAAAUGCAUUUCACGCACUCUGACACCUUUUUCUAUUUAUUAUCAUUAAUACUUAUAUUGUUAACGCUGUUUAUACCUAUUUCCAAGCAGCAUGUCUGUGAAUCCUUGUUGCACGAGUGCCUACACUGCUUAGCCUUAAAAUUUUUAUUUCGAAACAAUGUUUGAAUAUCAAAGAGGAUUAAACCUCACUCAAGAUAUACCCUUGCAAAGCUUGAACAAAUACAUAUUUGACUCCCGUUUCUUGAGAUAGUCAAAGAAAUUAUAAUAAAAUCGAUUUUCAAAUGUAUUAAAUCAAACUAGGUAUUUGCUGCUUGUUAACCAUCAAAAUAUUUAGAUUUCGUGGUAAUCAAUACACAUUUGAAGUUUGUAGUAUCGUCAAAUAAAUUUUCUACUCGGUGCGUUUGUAUUCCAAUGGAUUAAUAAUAAUUUCGAUAUAAUUAGAAUAAGUAGGAAUUUUUGAAUAUUUCUAGAAUUUUUAGAUCACACUUUGCUUCCAUGCAGUAGCUAAUAAUAAAUAAAAUUUACAGAUUUGA